AAAAUUUUCACUUAAAUUAUUUAUAGAAUCUCCUCUGGACUUAUCGAUGACGCUACUCGCUCAUCAUUCUUUGCCACCAAUAUCACACUCUUAUUACGAACUGGAUGAGUACGAAUCAACAUCCGAAGAAUCCUCAUCAUCAACGCUGUCGUUGGCCGGUGAUCACCUCGAUUGCAGUAUUCUGACGACGAUCAAGAGAGGGGAGAGAGUUUUAUUACCCUGCGAAGUCUGUGGCAAAUCCUUCGACCGACCGUCUCUUCUGAAACGACAUAUGAGAACGCAUACAGGGGAGAAACCGCAUGUCUGCAUGGUGUGCAACAAGGGUUUCUCAACCUCGAGCUCGUUGAACACGCAUAAGCGUAUCCACAGCGGCGAAAAACCUCAUCAGUGCCUUGUUUGUGGAAAGAAGUUUACAGCCUCGUCGAAUCUCUACUAUCAUCGGAUGACUCAUAUCAAGGAGAAACCACACAAAUGUUCACAAUGUUCAAAAUCAUUUCCGACACCGGGUGACCUGAAGAGUCACAUGUAUGUGCAUAAUGGACUAUGGCCGUUCAGAUGUCAUAUUUGCAGUCGUGGUUUCAGCAAGCCGACCAACUUGAAGAAUCAUAUGUUACUCCAUCUGGGCAGAUGCUCCAAUAAGAAGUAUGUCAAGUCUAUCUCUGACUUUUGACUAAAUUUCACUUUGUUAUAAUUUCAUUUAAAAAGUUGCAAAUCACUAGUGUACGUAUAAUGUAUAUGUAUGAAUAAUGUGCCAUUCUUGGUCAAACAAAUAAUUUGACAAAAGAACAAUUGUAUGUAAAUGCAAACUUUUUGUAGAAACUUUUGUAAAACUAUAUGUAAUCACAAAUUUAUUUCGAUUAAUUCGAGUUAUGUUCAAAUCUAAAAAAAUACUUGUUCAUAAUGUAAACUUUUUGUAAAAUUUCUUAGUUAUCUAAUUCAUUAUGUUACAGUAGUACAAUUUUUGCACUCUACAAUUAAUAUGCAAUCUUUCAAAUGAAUAUUAACAUAUUCACAAGAGUAUGGUUUUUAAUCAUUCUAUCUGCAAUAUGUACACAAGUAUCCAAAUACUCAUUUCGAAAUUAAACUUAUGUUUUUAUGCAAUUUCGCUUCAAAUUUCUUUUUUAGACCAACAAAGAACAGUUUCGCACAAACUUCAUCUCAUUUUCAUUUUAGCAGGAAUCUUGUAAAGAUGAAUAUUAUUUUACCGUACAAUAUAUCAUAGAUCCGGAUACUAUCGACUUUUAACAAAUAUGAACGAGUAAAGCAAUAUUUGAAGAUAUUUUUCAUACUUCAAACAAAUAAAAAUUAUUUUGAUGAAUUGUUUUAUUUAAUGUUUCAUUUUUUUACAAAACUGUAAUUAACAGAAACCCAAUCUUCGUUUUUUCUGUAUAAAUAUUCAUUAUUUAAGGAUCUUAAUAAUAAUUUUAAAUACACUGUUUAAAUACACAUUAACCUAAUAGUAACUUCAAAUACGCAUUCAAAAAGUUCUGGGACUGCGUUUUUUCUGGGCGCACUAAUAGCGCCAUCUAUUUUCCAAUGAUGAGACUAAUUAGUAAUAUAAAGCUUUGUAAGUCUCCUAUAUUUUUUGCGUCGCCAUCGAGUGAGCUGUUCAUGUAUGUACAGUGCAUAUUUCAAAUUUGCAAGAUUUACUGACUUUUAUACUUCGACUCACUAAUCGACUCUACAUCCUCGAAACUGGUCCCUUUAAGGACUACUUUCAAUUUUGGAAAGAGGAAAAAGUCCGCUGGGGCUACAUCCAAGCGAGUUAAGUCGGGUGGUUAAUAACUGAUUUUUUGUGCCAAGAAUAUGUGAUUUUUUAUUUUUAUUUUUUUUGUGUCAUUCAAACACCUUACUACGACUUAAAUAGACUUUCCCAUAUGUAUUUUGCAUAAUUGCUUCCGAUAUUUGAAACGCUUUAUAGCGCUUUUCCUAUAUUUAAAACAAAAACUUUAUUGCGGCUCUUUGCUCCAUGUCGAAAUUCGUGAUUAGCCAAUAAAUCUUACAAGUUUGAAAUAUGCACUGUAUGUACAUACCUAUAUAUGAUAUGAAUAGUUUACUCAGUGGCAACGCAAAAAAUAUGAAAGACUUACAAAGUUUUAUACUAAUUAGUCCCAUCAUUGAAAUAUAGAUGGCACUAUUAUUGCGUACGGAAAAAAUUUAGUCUCAGAACUUUUUGAAUGUGUAUUCUUCUGUUUCUUUUGUAUUUAAUAUAAAUAAAUCAAUAACAAUAAUCUUAAUAAUAUAAUAACAUACAAAUAUUUCGGCUGAUACUAAUGCUCGAAAAUUUUUUAUGACCAGUAUAUAAAUGAUAUUUCUUUACUUUGUAAAUUGCGUUCACAAUCUUUCCUAAAUUCUAUCGUUAAUAAUAUUUUUUAAUAUUAUAAAUUAAUAAGAAACAACUAAUAAAAAACACUUACAUGUUUAAAAACACACAAUUAGAAACAUGCAAAACAUAGCACUGCAAAUAUACGUCUAUUCAUACAGGCUCUUUAAAUACUAACAAUACAUAUGAGAUGUUGAGCGUGUCAAAAC